UAAAAAUAACGUCUUAGUCUUGUAAUCUGUCAAUGCAGAGGUCAGAUUUGCAAUCUGAAUAUAUUUAUUUAGUUAUGAAGCAACCAUGUCGGCUUGUAAACCAAUCAUUUUAACCUUCUUACUCUUCAUUUUUUUCAAAACAAAUUUUGCCCUUAUUUGUAAACAAUGCAACAUGGAUUGUGAUGACCCUUUAGACGAAUUGUGUCUGGAUCCCGGAGAAGUUCAACAAGUCGCGUGUUUGACCGAAAUGUUCAAAGAUACACGUAACCGGACAUUUUUCCAAAGGAAGUGCGUCUUGUAUGAAAAGAAUACAAAAUACGAAUGUCCAGAUUACCCACAAUACACCACCAUUUCUUGUGUAACUUGCAAAACCGACCGUUGUAAUAGUAAUAAUAAUAAUACAGUGACUUUUGGAGGAUCUGGAGGAAAAAUUCGUGUCAAUAUUUCGUACGAUAAUUCCACCUAUUGAAACAUUGCGUUAUUUUAUUUGUUGGUCAAGGGAACAGAGAAACGUGUGGAUGUUACAAAUGAAAAGUUGAACAAAUUGAACUCAGAAAAUAAUCUCAAAUAAAUAUCUGUUAACACA